AUGUCUUUCUCCAUUGAGACUUACCUCGCCGCUGGCAUCCGCGGCCUGCGCGCCGCGACCGGCAUGUCAUACGAUGAGAUCUUCGAACAAGUGUUCCAGGCUCUCAACCAUAUCCGCCAACAAGCAGCCGAGAGCGGUGAAAUUGAGCCUUUCACCGAACCGUACUCUCCAGUCCUCCCCGAUACCCCGGGUCCCGCGCCCAUCGAUCUUACAACUGCACCUGGCGAAAAUGCUGUGAACGCCAGCAAUCCUGUCCCCGCCCAGCCAGGCAACCAGAUCACCAUGCCCCUCCUAGCUAGUGCAACUCCCCAGCCUACGGCCCCUAGUAGCUCCAGUGCUCCUGUCGCGGUUGCUCCUGCAGCCCAGCCCGGCGUUUUCAUGAACCCGUACACGGGACUACCGAGAAAGGACAGCGACGAGGGAGCGAACCUGUGGCCUUGCGAGUACGCCGGCUGCGCCUGUUCUUACACCCGCCGGUACACUGUCAUUGAACACAUGGUGGCGAAGCAUGGCAUGGCUGCGCCGCCGAAGAGAGCCUCGCGACCUAGACGGGCUGCCACCGCUAAUGCCUCGAGUAGCGAACAGGCGCAGCAGGCUGGCCCCUCUAACGCUCCUCAGGAUAACCAGGCUGGUCCUUCUGGAUCUGCAACUCAGAACCAGCAGGCAGGCCCCUCUGAAUCCGCCUCUCAGGAGGAUCAGAUGGAUGUUGACAUGGAGGAUGAAGAUAUUCUCUAA